AUGUGCUCCCGCGGCCCCUGCCACGACCACGAGUCCUCCUGCCACGGAUCCCGCUCUUCCAGCCACAGAUCCUGGUUCUCCUGCCUCAGGUCCCGCUCCUCCUGCCACGACUCGGAGCCCUCCUGCCACUACCCCGCGGAGAGGCCGCCGGUGCCGAAAUGCUCCUACGUGACGUCGUCCUGCUGUCCCCCCGCGCAGCGUUAUUGCCCCCCGGGGCCCUGCUGCCCCCAGGUCCCCUAUUGUCCCCAGGUCCCCUACUGCCCCCAGGUCACCUACUGCCCCCAGGUGCCCUACUGUCCCCAGUACACCAAGAACAUCUGUAACCUGCCACCGGCUUGCCCCAAGUAUUGA